CUCUCCUUUCUCUCUGUCUUUCCUCCAUCUUCUCUGCUUCAGACACUCUUAGGUUCACUAAAGGUCCUCCUCACUGCUCUGAACAUCUCCUCACGUUAGGAGCUCUCUGAAGACCUCAGAUGCUUCAUGCAAACUUUUAUCUUCAUGAGGGAAGAUGAUGCACUAGGAGCUACUUUUAGUCUUUGUGAAUACGGGCCCUGGUCUUUAUUUAUAACCAUCAGUUUCAGUGCUAUCAAAAUACGCAGCUAGUAGAAGUAAACCAAAAAAACUAUUUUAAUUUGUGUCCUAAUCUAUUUCUCAGAACAUCGGAUAAUGGGUAGCGUCCUGAAGGUAGAUCAGGACUUUGCCGGAAACAUGAUGGAAAACAAGAGCAUUCAGGAAGAGAGGUGGAAGCAGUUGCUGCAACAGCUUUCAGAGCUGUCAGAGGUGGAGCUCUGGAGGGUCCAAUGUUGUCUCAGCCAGACCCUCCUUCCUAACUUUCCUCCCAUUCCCAGACACUGUCUCCAUUGUGCUGACGCCCUCAAAACUGCCAUAACCAUGAUUUUGUGCUACCAUGAGGAUGGAGCACUUAGUGUGCUGGCUACAGCCCUGAAUCUGAUGAGCCCAGAACAUUCAGCAUUCAACCACAUCAUGAGUCCUACAAGAACCAAAUCUGUCCGCACACCAGUGUUUGAGCUGGUCUCCCUACCAGAACUCAAAAUGGCUCCAGACUUUGUGAGGACUCUCCGCAGGAGGCUAAUCAGCAGGAUUCAGAGACCUGACUCGGUUCUUGAUGCCCUGCAGUCCAACAGGAUCCUGAAUCCAGCAAACAGGAAGGCAGUAAACAUCUAUGCCGUCAAUAAGCACAAGAACCGGGCUCUGGUGGACUUGAUUCUAAUGAAAGGACAUGAAGCCCAACAGGCACUCUUGCAGAUCCUCAGCCAAUCUGAGCCAUUCAUGCUGGAGGAGCUGAACAAUGAUCUGAUCAGGGAAAAGAGAUUCCAAGACUCAUCAGACUUGUUGGAAAGUCUGCUCUUAGAAGAACUCAGAUGUUUCCAGUGGUUGGUCACAGAUGACCUGCUUCCACCGUAUAACUGUCUGUUUGACUUGGAUGAGCUGAAGAAUGCAGAUAGUCCGACCACCAAGAAACUUCUGCAGGGAGCGCUUGGAUACAAACAGGCAGCAAGAAUUACAAAAAAGCUUGUGAUGAAGAUUGCCCCGGCACUGUAUAUGUCAGCAGAACCUGUGAUCCACUAAUGGUUCCCAGUUACUCAGAUAGGCCAUGCUAGUAGUUUCCUUUCUCUGCCAGUCAAUGUGUUGAGGUAUCCUAACAGUUUUAAAAAUAUUUUUCUAUAUGAGAACAUAGACCAAUUUGUUAAGGAUGUUGAUCAGUGAUAACUGUGUUGUCGUCUAUUCCAGGCACUGACUUAGAGAUUUCAGAGGAUUCAUCGAACAUCAGAAAAGAUAAAAAUGGUCUACUGGUGAGACCCUCUUACUGUGCUGCUCAUUGGUUAAUAGAUUUGGGUGGUUAAUACUGACGUGUUUAUUCUGCUUAGGCUGCGUUCGGACAUGUUUUCGACAUGAAUAACAGUGUGUUCAGGUAAAACACUCUAACUAAAGGCAAUGAAGGGUCCUCAUUGUUUGGCGAUACUGGUUGUUGUUUAAUUUUUUGUGUUGACAUCUUUCAUAAUAUAUACAGUAUUUGACCCCUUAGGCUGAGUUGCAAAACAGCUGGUGCAUACAGCUGCCCUUAUACUGGGCUUGUGUUGGAUGGCUUUUUGUGAUGUGCUCUAUGAGAUGGUUCCUUGGAAUUUGGACUUCCUUUCCAGUAAAGGUCUGAGGCCAGCUGGCCCAUUGUUCCGCUUCACCCUGCUAACUGGGACCUUUAACAAACUCCACCUGCCACACUGCCAGCUGCUCCAAGGCCAGUAAAUGUGACUUGGACUAGAAAAGAAAAUUGUUAAUCUUGUUUUGGCUACUCUUCAUGUUGUUAGGAUUAACAAUCUAAGAAUAUUAUUUAAUAUUUAAUAUUAAUAUUUUAUCAAAUAAUAUUUGGGUCUGUUAAGGGUUGUCCUGUGAAUACCAGCCCAUUAAGGCGAUGGUAUUAGGACAAAAUA